AUGGAAACCAUGCACGAGCUGAUCCCCUUCGCCAAAGAAAUGCUCAGCCAGAAGCCCAACAGGAAGAUGGUCAAGCUGUACAUGCUGGGCAGCGUGCUGGCUUUCUUCGGGGUGGUUAUUGGUCUGGUGGAGACUGUCUGCAGCCCUUUCAGCUCUGAAGGGAGGCUAGAGGAAGAAAAGAAACCUGCCCAAACACGAGAGCAAAGGCUUCCCCCAAAACAGGAGGAUUUGAUCUUGGAAAAGAGCAAGAAGCCCGUGGUGAUGCAGAGGGCCAGACAACAUGCAUCCUAG